AAUCAAUCGAAGACAUUGUAGUUUCUUGACGUUGAUCAGAGAAGGAUGGCAUUUUAUUCAAACAAACACGGCGUGGAUCUGGAGAAGGGGAAUGGGCAGCUGUACCCAGGGAUGAUGGAGAAUCCGCAGAUGCGAUGGGGCUUCAUCCGCAAAGUCUAUUCCAUUCUCUGCCUGCAGUUGCUCAUCACCUUCGGGACUGCCAUUGCCAUGACUUUUAUUCAACCCGUUCGCCUUUUCCUUCGCACUCCCGCCGGCCUUUACACCAUGAUCGCCGCCAUCAUUCUUACCGUUAUUCUGUGCUUGAUGAUGAGUUGCUUCAGUCAGAAACAUCCGUGGAACUAUAUUCUUUUGUUUCUCUUCACCUGCGUUAUGGCAUUCAUGGUUGGGGCUUGCUCCUCUCAAAGACAAGGUGACGCGGUGUUGCUGGCUGCCGGUCUGACUCUAGUUGUGACUGUUGGCCUCACAGCGUUCACGUUUGCUGCUGCAAAACGUGGCGCUGACUUCAGCUUCAUGGGGCCUUUCUUGUUCUGUGCUAUCUUGCUUCUUAUGGCCUUUGGCAUCAUUAGGAUCAUUUUCCCUCUGGGGCGAAUCGGGGAGCAGGUGAUCGGCUGUGUGGGGGCACUGGUCUUCUCCGGCUUCAUCAUCUACGACACGGACAAUCUGAUCAAACGGUUCAACUACGAUCAGUACAUCGACGCAGCAUGCUGUCUGUACAUGGACAUAGUGAAUCUGUUCCUGUACAUUCUUGCUAUAUUUGGAGAUGACUGAACACCUCAUUUCCAACUUGGAACAAGACAAGUUAUGGAGUCACUGAGGAAACAAGAAGCUCAAUUUCCAUCUUUGCUCUGAAGAAAACUUAAAGGGUUGAAAGUGUGUUUAUUUUUUUUUAUUUUUUUUUCUCAACAGUAUUUUAAGUACUAUUGUGCUUCAAGAAUGAUUUCAUACACAAGAAUGGUUUAUAUGUGUGGAAGGUGUGUUUGCUUUCUCCUACAACAGUUCUGUGAAUAUGAAUCUGUAGAUUUUCUUCAGUUCAGACAAUUUUUUUGAUAAUAACAAUAUGUUUAUAGUUA